UCGCAGCAUCGACAAACCGGAUGGCACCAGAAGCACGGCAGCGACUGCUCGCAUGCCCCUCGCAGCACCGUGGAUGACGCCGUUGAAGAAAGCACUGAGUCACGGCGGCACGCAGCGAAAGGCGCGCGACCGAUCCGCGGCCAAGCGAAAGCACGUGCAGAUUGCCACAGUCGAUCCGCUGAGCGGGAGGCCCACCGUGCGCACCGUCGUCUCGCGCGGCUUCUUGCCACAGCGCUUCGUGGACGGAAAUUACGGUGCGUCAACCAGCAAGGAGGAGAGCUGCUGCCUGACCUUCAUCACGGACGACCGAUCCGCCAAGUUUAGCCACCUGGGGCGCGGCGAAACGCAGGGCUGCCCGAUCGAGUGCUGCUGGUGGCUUGACGAGGCGAGUGUGCAGUUUCGGAUCGCGGGCCGCGUGCUCGUAGCGACGGCGCGGACGACGGAUCCUGUUCUGCGUGCGGCAGUCGAUGACGUGUGGGGCCGCCUGGGAGACUCAACCCGGAGGCAAAUGUUCUGGGCCAGCCCAGGCGCGCCCAGCGGCGAGGGCGAUGCCGAGGUGCCGCGUGCGGAUGACGAGAUCUCGCUCGAGGCCUCCCACUUCGUGCUGCUGAUCGUCGUCCCGGAUGGGGUGGACGAGCUUCACUUGGGCGGCGGCCAAAAGAGGAUCGUGUAUCGUCGCGAGGACCGGGCUCUCGCUUCAUCCCCUACGUGUACCUUGAACAACCUCCGGGGAGCCGUGUGGUCGGAGGAGAGCGUGAACCCGUGAAGUAGAACCGGGUGUGGCUUUGUGCAUAAAUAUACGGUUUUCGACGGUA